AUGCCGAGUAGAUUUAGUAGACCAUCGUUUAUUUCAUAUGAUGGAAAGGCAGAUCCCAUCGAACAUAUUAGUCAUUAUAUUCAGAUGAUGUCUCUCUACAAUCAAAAUGAUGCGCUCAUGUGUAAAGUAUUUCCUUCCAGUCUUGGGCCUAUAGCUUUAAGGUGGUUUAAUGGGUUAAGGAAGGGAUCAAUUCGUAAUUUUGGAGAGCUAAUUCAAGAGUUUCAUGCUCGGUAUUGGGAAUUGUAUAAUGAGAUUGGUGGGGGAAAUGAGAAGGUGGCUGUUAGUACCUUCAGACUGGGUCUGCCGGAGGACUCGAAGUUACGAGAGUCGUUGACUAUGAGGCCUCCCGAGAGCAUGCAACAACUUCUGAGAUGUAUUGAGGAGUAUAAAAGGCUGGAAGAUGAUCGGCAACAAAGUAAAGGUAAAGCACCUACCACGUCACAGUACAUAAAGGAAUCUUGGCUAGGGGGCUUUCAGCCAAGGGCAAGGAGGGAAUUGAGAAUUCAAGAGCCCAAUUCUUGUAAUGGGAUAAUCGAUGUGGCGUUUAAAGAGCCUGUGCAUAAGAUUCUGGAAUGA